GAUACAUCACAAGGGCCUCUCUCCAUCUCUCCAAUUGGGUCAAGGUCUAGAUUAGGGUUCCCCCCUCUGCAAUGCUGCAUAAAGGUAGUCAAAGGAUCUCUGAAGCUGAAUCUUUGCUUUCCAACAGGGACAAACGACAUUUCAGACUUUUCAGAGCCAUCUUGGAGCAGUUCUGUCUGCUUGCAUCCCUUGACCCCGCAAGUGCAAAACAGAGCAUUAUAGGUUGAUUCUAGUAGGAGAAGUUUAAAGGCACUUUGAUUGCCACAGCGGCACCAAUGGCAUUCCUAGGCAGAGGCAUUCCCAGUAUAGUGCAGACCGCAAAAACUGGGCAGUCCCUUCCCUCGAUUCGCAUCGGUUUCACACCUGACAUAGUGGAAAGGUUUUCCACCAGUGCUCAUAGGGAGGAAGAAGCUUCUGCGACAUUACGGAGUAGUGCCUCUGUGGAUCUUGUGAUGCAAGAGCAGGCAUCUUGUUCUUCUUCAUCAAUUCCAUCCACAGAAACUUUCGGCCGACAACCAGAUCAAUCACCAAAGGCUAAGUCCUUAGAUCAGAAUCCUGCGUUAGCUCAAAGUUCUGUUCCAUUUUCAGCCCGCCAGUUCUGGACAAGCACGUUCCGGCAGGCUGCCAACCAAGCGCAGCCCUUAGGCAAUGGGCGGCGGGCCUAUCUGGUCGACACAUUAGCCCUGGUUCGGCGGUUAGAGUCAGAAGGACUGACGGCAAAACAAGCGGAAGCCAUCACCCAUGUCAUUACUGAGGUCUUGAGUGACAGUCUGGAGAAUGUUGCGCAGAACUUCACGUCCAAAGUGGAGAUGCAAAAGCACGACUUGGCGCAAGAUGCUGCAAUCCAAAGGUUCAAGAGCGAAGUACAAAGUGCUCAGGAGCACCACAUUGCAAGUCUGCAACGAGAAACAGAGCGAUUGCGCACUGACAUCGAAAAGAUGAGGAGUGAGCUUCGGUACGAAAUCGACAAAGUCACCGCUGGACAAAGAUUAGACCUGAAUCUGGAAAGAGGCCGGAUCCGAGAAGAGUUGUCGAACCAGUCCCAGGAGACGGGGAACAUCGCCACGCGCCUCGACAGGGAGCUUCACGUCCUGAAGACUCAGUUGGAAGCUGCGAAGUAUGACGUUAUCAAGUACUGCCUAGGUGCCAUCGUCUCUGUGACUGCUGUUGGGCUGGGAGUACUAAGACUCGUGUUGUAGCAUACAAUCACGAACUCGGAAGCACUAGAAGUUGGCGCUUUGAUUGAGGGGAGGUCAUGAUAUCGCAGUGAUAUCGUUCGUCGAAAAGAUGACUGUCAAAAGCAUGCAGACCAAUUUGAUCGCAGUUUCCUGGGCAUGGCAUAAGAAAAAGGAGAUAUUUCAGCACAAAAAGUGUUUUUGCCGCCAAUAAUUGACUUUAUUCUGAUAAGCAACGGAUAAUGAUUUGACUGGUUGGACUAUCUUCUCCAAUUCUGCUGGCCGGGGUCUUGCUUUUGAUCCCUGCG